GGCUCGGAAAAAUAGAAGAAAAAAAAAAUCUGUGAUUUACCCGUUUAUGAUGAAUGACCACGCAUAAAACAUCCAUGCAAGUCCAGACUCACUCUAUACAAGUAUGGGUCAAGUAAUUGUUAUGCUAACUACCUGCUUGUAUCUUGCCUGCUUCUUUUUAUUGUAUAAGCGUGUAUGCGUGUGCGUGUGUAUAAGCAUGUCGACAAACGGUGACAUGGCAUUCUCCAGCUCAUGUCGAGAUAGUGGAGGUCAGCAGAGCUGUGGUUUCAAAACUAGUAUAGCAAGACCUGCUUUAUUUAUAGACACUCAAGAUGACAUCGUUGAUUGAAAAGAAACUAACAGGCUCUGCAUAACAUCA